GACUGUAGAAAAGUUUUAAUAGCAACUUAAUAUUUGCCUUAUUUGUUGACAUAACGAGUUUCAUUGACGUACCAUAGACUAGUUAAACUUAAUCAAAUAGCAUAAAAUUGUUCAAAGCAAUAUUCUCUCAUUUAGCCCGGUUGGAAUGCCAUAAGUUACCACACCAUACGUACGUUACCGUACAGCGUUACGUUAUGCCUGUACAGAAAGAAUCACACAUAGACUUGUGUCAUAGCUCAGUAGCGUUAGGUCCUUUUGCAUAAAUUUAAAAAAGUUUUCAUGUCACGUUCAGGACAGCUUCCAAUCAUAGUAAAAAAACAGGAAAAAUGGAAAACAAAACCACAUAAACCUAAAGUUACAUUUAAUGUGGAGGCAAUGACCGAUGAACUAGAAGAAUAUGGUUCUGAUGAUGAAGACCAGCUGGACAAUUUCCCCUUUUAUGUGAAUAAAUCUGGACUGCCCAUAGAGAAAAAAACAUGGGAUCGGAUGUGGAGAUUCGCUUGUAAAUUAUAUCCGGAUGCUCGAUCUGAAAUUGAAAGCAUCAACAAUUCUGAUGAUGUCAAAAUUCAUGUUCAAGCACCCAUUCUGCCAACUUUGCAUCCUCAGACUUCGGUUUUUCAUAGAAUUCGACAACAACAGAAUUACAUUAAUGCAUUACAGUACAAUCAUACAGGAACACAAUUUUUCGAAAUUAGGAAAAAUCGCCCUAUAGCUGGAUUGCUUGACACAGCCAGAGAAAUGACAAGAGAGGCGCUGCCAAUAAAAUGCUUAGAGGCUGUGAUACUUGCAAUAUAUUUGACAAACACUCUCACCAAUGUUGAACGUUUUCCAAUAGGAUUUAAAUCAAUUUUUGAUGGUAAUCGAUAUUAUCACAUUGUACUUGGAUUGUAUUAUAAUGGAAAAUUUGGUGCAAUGGGAAUCAGCAGACGCAAGGAUUUGAUGGACAAACCUUUGGUGUUUAGAAGCUUGAACGAACUUAUUCAGAAUUACAAUGCUGCAUAUGCUAACUAUGGACAUAACCUAAAAAAGGUUCGACUUGGUGGAGCUAUAUCACAUGAUUCAUGCAGUCAAGAAAGAAUUAUAUGGACGGUAUUUAACAUGAGUAUGCAAAAAAUAUGUUCUUCGGAAGGCCAAAAAAAAUUAGAUCGAUUUACAAAAGAUUUACGAUCACAACUUUCUUAUCCCAUAUUAGCAGCAACUUCAACAUAUGAAAGAUCAAAGCAACUGCCUCUUCCACCACGCAGAGAGAAAACGAUCGCUGCUAGCUCCUUGAAAAAUUUAACUUUAAAACCCAAAGAAUCAGAAGUUAAAAAUGACAAAAAAGGAGUAAAAUCAACUUCUGGUGACUCUCAUACAAGAAGCAGAAGAAAAUCACAGCCCACAUCACGAAAAUAUCAAGUUCGAGUAUGAAGAUUCUAUAACAAAAUUGUUUACUUAUUCUAAAAUGUUGAUGGUAUAUUUGCAAGUGCUGGCUAAAAAUGGAAAACUGUCCAGACCGAAUGGUUUGCGUUUCAGAAUUAUUUUUAAUACUUUUAAUUGAAUCAUAAUACAAACAAAGUCAACUUUUUAUAAAACUUUAUGAAAUAUCAUUCACUUUUUCAUCUCAUUUUUUUUGCAUCCAUUGCAUUACAGAUGAAAAAAUAUGAUGGACAUAUUGACAUAUUAUUUAUUUAAAUCACCUUCAUAUAGUAACUACAAUACUUGCAGUCUGUUGGCAAAAAACUACUAUACUGUUUUAUUAGUUGUGCACGCUGGCUGAAAAUUAAUAUCAUCGUAAUUGAUUUUACCUUAGAAUUUAUAUCCUGAGCUAUUUUUCCUAUAUUUUAUAGACUGUGAAAAUACCAUUUUUGUUCUUCCACCUGCUCCCUGCUAUAGAUGCCAAAUCAAUAUGGGUAGUUAUGUACCGGUAUUGUUGCUUGUCUUUAUUCUGCACUUGAUUAUGCUUUUUAUAUUAUGGACAAAAAUUACUACUUGAUGAAAUAAAAUAUAUGCAAUUGGAA